AUGAGUUUAGACCUACCAAUACAAAUCCGCGCCAGCUUACAGAGCCAAGGACUACCAACUCCAUCUUUGACUUGGAUCCAGAGCGCUAUGCCAAACCGGAACCCGCUACCUCCCUUGCCCGCCUUGAUAGCUACCGUGAAAACACGUCUGCUAGCAGCCGACCUGACGAGUCCAGGCCUCUGGGAGUCGCCAUCACCAGCGUUUCCAUCCAAUUUGGGUAACCCGGAAGUCAAAGAGAUUAAACUCUCCCGAGAUGUCCCCGUGCAAGUCUUAGAUAUCGACAACCUGUCCAAGAGCAAGUGGGAUCAAGUAGAGGAGCUCGAGGCCAUCGCGCGUGGUGAGCAAACGCGAGGCCGAGAAAUCAUUCGUCUACCCACCGGCAACGAGGAGGACGAAGAGGAUGGCGUAGCCAGCCAGAAUGCGUCGACGGCCACGGGUAGGAACGCGGCCGUCAACGCUAACGUGGCAAACGCCGCGGCCGCCGCGAGGAACGCGACGCACAGGCUCGUGAUGCAGGACUGCAAGGGCCAGAAGGUGCACGGACUGGAACUAAAGCGCAUCGAUCGCAUCGGUAUUAGCUCGCUUAAUAUCGGCGAGAAGAUGAUUCUAAAACGAGGCACGACCAUCGCGCGUGGUAUCGUCCUUCUGGAACCGGCGACUUGCGUCGUAUUAGGUGGGAAGGUCGAGGCGUGGCAUAGAACCUGGGUAGACGGGCGGUUGACUAGGCUAAAGGAGGCGGUUGGUGCUGAUGUUCGCAGUUAA